UUAAUUAAUAUAACAUUAAAAGGCUUUUAACUUUUGCAUAAAAUAACAGAAGCAUAAUAGAAUUGAAUAACAUAAAUUUGUUCCAUUAACAUCAGCAAUACACAGUUAAAUCCUCUUUGACCGAGUGUCAAUUGCUGCGUCGGAACUAUUGGGGAUACAACUUUUUUUUUAAAAAUGCGUUAAGCAACAGUGUACUAUGCGAUCGAACAAUGAGACACAUAUAAUGCCAUAUAAGUUUUUGAGAUUGUACACGGAAAAAUGGAAACAAUAUCCAAGAUCUCCUUGAUAUUGGCUGCGUUGUUUGUUUACAAUGCGGUCGCCGCUGCCACCGCUGCAGCCGAUGCGCCAAAUAAACAUAGUUGCAUCACAGCUUACAGUUCGAGGAACGCCACGUUGCAGUCACCGGGAAGAGCUAUAAAGGGAGCGGAAUUGGUACCGAUACGCACGUGGCAGGAGCAUGAAUUCUCGCUGUUGGGUUACAAGUUCCAUUUGCCGUUUGUGGGCCAUGCUGUGGACUCGGAUGUGGACGAUGGCUAUAGUCUCGAUGAUGCCUGGCUAUUGGAUAGUAGCGCACAGCCAUUGUAUAUCAGACAGGAGGACCAAGAGCUGGACAGUUCUGAGGAAGGUGAUCCCGCCAACAGCAUCGUUAAGCUGCGCUGUCAAAAUGUCAGCGUAACAGAGAUCAAUGCCCAGCUGCAGCUCAAUAGCCAUAUGAACUAUGAGCAGAUAGCGCUGAUGAAUGUGCCGGACAACUCUGGCGAAGCAACACUAAAGUUGCAACAAUACGAAAGUAUACAGAAAUUUAAAUGGAUAUUGAGUUCACUCCAAGAUAAGACACUACAACGACUCUUCGAGCAGCAGGUGCAACGUUUCGAGUCUGUUGAAUUAUUGGACUUUAGUGAGAAUUUGUUAAGCUGUAUCCAUUGGGCGCAGCCACAGGCGAUGCGACGCCUUAAAGUACUUAAGCUGAGUGGCAAUCGCUUGGCCGCCAACUGCAGCCUGAGUGAAUUGCAGCAUAUGAAUCAUCUGUUGGAGCUGCACUUGGAUCGCAAUGAGCUGCACGCGCUACCCGUGCAGUUCGUGCAGCAACUAAGCGAGCUCCGACUGGUGAAUCUGAGCGAUAAUCAUCUGAUCGAGCUGCCGCGUAACACAUUUCAGGGUGCAUUGCAGCUGGAGUUGCUGCACCUCUCAGGCAAUCAGUUGACCGUUUUGCCGUUCCAGCUCUUCCAGACGGCACGUGAACUGCGCCUUUUGGAUCUAAGCGAUAAUCGCCUGCUCUCAUUCCCAGACAACUUCUUUGCACUCAAUAAUCAAUUGCGCCAGCUUCUGCUGCAACGCAACCAGCUUAAGUCCAUAGGCAAGCAUAGCCUAUAUAAUCUCCGCGAGCUGCGUCACCUGGAUGUAUCACAGAAUGAGCUGGGAAGCAUCGAUCGAAAGGCAUUCGAGUCGUUGGAACAUCUUAUGACUCUCAAUAUAUCUGGCAAUAAACUAACAGUGCUGUCAUCAAUUGUAUUCCAGCCACUCGGCUCAUUGCAGCAAUUGGAUUUGAGUCGGAAUCAAUUCAAGCAAUUACCCGACGGCCUUUUUCAGGCGCAGCGCAAAUUAGUGCUGCUGCGCAUCGAUGAAACGCCGCUCGAACAGCUGCCCAAUUGGAUUUCCCGCGACGAAGAUUAUGUAGAUGGGCAAAUACUGCAACGCCUGCGCUAUCUAUCCAUGCAACAAAAUCUGCAGCUCACUCAGCUACCCACCACGCUGUUUGCGAACGUGCGCAAUCUGCGCGAGCUGUUGCUGGCCGAUAAUAGUCUUACAAAGUUGCCCUCACAGAUCGCCAGUCUGUCGCGUCUGCAGCGGCUGAGUGUGCGUGGUAAUCGUCUGGGAUCUCUGCCCGAGGGGCUCAAAGAGCUAAACCAGUUGCACUAUUUGAACAUCUUGGGCAAUGAAUAUCAAUGUGACUGCAGCAUGUACUGGCUGUCCGGCUGGUUAACAAAUGCGACGACCUCUUUGCGACGGGCAACUCCAAGUGCCGGUCGUGGAUUGGACUCGUAUGAGCAUAUUGAUAACCAGAUCGAUGCACUCAAGUGCCAAUACGGUUAUCCCGGGGACAUGCUGCGCGUGUUAAGCAAUCUCAAUUGUAGUGUACCAGUAGUGGUGCAAUCUUCAGCGCCCAAGAUGUACAGGCUGCAUGCCACAGCCAAGCUAGAGUGCAUGGUUUACGGCAGUCCCACUCCAGAUAUUAUUUGGGUGACGCCACGUCACAAGAUUCUACGGCAUCAUGCCGAUCCCGACAAGCGACCUACCAUCAUCAACAGCGAUAAAGAGCAUCAGCCGAGUAAAUUUGAGCUGUUUGCUCUGACGGAUGACAGCAACACCAAAUCGCUGCACAUCAACAUCAGCCGACAGAAGACAAUUGUGGGUCAGCGCGUGGUACUCAUUGAGAAUGGUUCGCUGCUCGUUCACAAUAUAUCACGUGGCGACAGCGGCCUAUACACAUGCUAUGCCUUUAAUGUGAUGGGCAAUUCAUCGGCGGGCAUAAGGCUGUACAUCGAUCCAAUUGUAUUUUAUCGUGUAAAAAUCGAAAGCCUUCUAGCUGGUACCUUGCUUGCCACUGCAUUUUUGUUGCUUACACUUUUGGUUCAAGGAUUGCGCAGCUGCCUGGACAGAUGCGGGAUCUGUGAGCGUAUGAGCUGCUGUGCAAAUCGCAACAAAAGGUCGCCAAGGUCACGGCAAAUUUACGCCAUGCUGGAUAGCAUUGAGAGCUACAAAAGUCAGCAGCUGGAGCGUUUACGCGAAAAUUAUGCACAGCAAGUGCAUCGCAUACGGGAGAAUUGCGCACAACAAGUUGAGUGGAUACAGAGCAGCUAUACAACGCAAGCCAAGCACGUCAAGGAGUUUCGUGACAUGGGAUCCAAUCAUUUGACCGCACUAAGAGAUCAAUAUUACGAUCAAGUGAAAAAGGUGCGCGACUAUUCUACUGGCCAAUUGAGUUGGGUGCGCGAGAACUAUGUCUUCCAGCGCAAUAAGAUCCGUAAAUUUAGUGCGCAUCAGGUAUUGCGACUACGUGAGGGCUACAAGUACCAGCAGCAGUCAUUAAACAAAGUGCUGGAAAACUUGCCCAGCUUUUACUUUGAGAAUUGUCGUGGACGCUGCGAGGAAGACAUUGUCGAGGACAUAGACUGUUAUUUCAAGAACCAAAUGGAGAAGGAGUUGCACAUACAGAAAAUCAAAUCACGCCUAAUGGCGGCUAACAAUUCGGCUAGCAAGGCUUCCGUAUACUACACGCCACCAGAUGACGAUAUAUUCCAGAGCUCCGAUCUGCAUCUGCAAAACACACCAAUACACAUUAACUAUAUUGACGAGAAUUUGGAUCAUCAGAAGCUUGAUUUGCACGACUUCAAGAUUGAUCCACAACUGUUGCUCUUUAGCAAAUCACAAUUAAAUGUUUAUCCAGAGGGCGCAAGCAGCAGUCAGGCAGCUGCUAUGGCUUUUGCUUUAGCUGCUUGCAGCAUAGAGGAUAACAAUCAGAAUGCGCAGCUAAUGGAUGAGAAUAAUAUCAGUAAUGUGGAGAUGGGUGAACUGAAGGAUGCGAAUGACGUUAAAAAUUCCAAAUCGUGUCCUGCUAUUUAUAAGGUAUCUAAACAGCGAGAUGGUAGCACGCUGCACGAGCUACUCACCACAGACGGAGAGCCACAUCAGAUGGUUCAUCUGAAUCCAGUCGAUGAGUCGACAUUGACAACGUUGCACCUGCCCAAGGAGCAGCUUAACAUCGUUGCGGAGGCAUGUGACGAAGCCGUACUAUCUCAAAAUCAUCAGAUGAACACAGAACAAGAGAAGGAUUCCAAAGCGACAGGCUCGACAGACGAAUGCGAAUCCAACAGCAGCUCUGAUAACUGCUGUCCAUCAUCCUAUCAGUCGGCAAUUGCUAAGCCUGCUAACACUUAGAGAUUUUAUUAAUUUUAAAAUACAUAAUUUAAAAACAAAAUGAAACGGACCCUAUAAGCACAUACAACUGAAGUUAAUGUUUCAAAUGUGUUUAAUGAAAAAGGAAUCAAACAAUAAUUGCGUGUAGUGUUAAUUAGUGCAACUUAAUGAAUUCAAAUGCUGAAUAAAAGAUGAAGUGUAAAAAAAAAAACAAAAAUUAAAAAAUAAACAAGUCAUACGAUUUAAAUGGUAGUCAAAAAUUAAAAAAAUUAUAUAUAUAUAAUGCUCGUGUCGAAGGUAUCAUCAAUAAUGUCAAUAAUACUUGGAAAGCCCCCAUUUGUGAUUUCAUCAAUAACAUAUGAAGCGAUUUAUUUAUAGAGAGCGCAUUAAAUCUACUUAAAUAUAUGCAGACGUAUUUUUAAACAAGAUGAAAAACAAAUUUUAUUCAAAUUCUGAAAAGGUAAAUAAAGCAACCAAAAAAUUAUA